AUUCAUUUUUCCAUCCAAGUGAUGGCGGCUUUUGGUGCCGCCGCUUCUCUCAAGAACACGAUUCUGUGUAUUCUACAAUCGUCUCGCAUUUCGCUAGUUCCUCCCUCUCCACAAAUCUUACAACCCGCCUACUAUGAGAUGGAACACUUGCAGAUAGUUCUGCUAAAAUUGGACGACACCGGGUACAGCAUGAUCAGGACGAAGGUGAAUGCUUUGGAUGAACGAAUCAAAGAUGCCAUAUGGGAAUUCGAAGAUCUACUCGAAUCUCAUUUCUACGAUCAGAUUCUUCCACAGCUCGAAAGCGAGAGAGAUCACUUGUCUUUCUCUGUAGAUCUGCAGAGUCUGCGACAGAGUGUUGAUUGCUUCGUCGAGAGGGUGAUCGUGAUGGAGGCAGAGUUCAUUAUUGAACUGAUGGAUAUGCCUGAAGAAGAAGGCGAACCUAUUUCCUCAAGAAUUGAUUUCAGUAGCAUCGAUUCGAAGAUGGUUGGAUUAUCCGAUCAAUUCGAACGGCUCAGGGAUUAUCUUGUGGAAGACGAAGGGGAUUGGAUAUCAGUUAUCGGGAUGGCAGGGGUUGGAAAGACGACUCUUGCUAAAAAAGUAUUUGACGAUCCAUCCAUUCAGAGACAUUUUGAGCUUCGAGCAUGGGUCAAAGUUGGCAGAAAAUGUGAAUUCAAUGAAAUAUUACGAUGCAUUCUAGCUCAAGUGGAUCCCAGCACUCGCGACCAAAUGCUAACCCAAGGAGAGGAUGAUGACGAUGAGGAAUUACUUGGAGUCUUGGAUGAAAGAUUGAAAGAUAAGAAUUGUCUCAUUGUGUUGGAUGAUUUAUGGGAAUGGGACACUCUAGUAAUGGACAACUUGCCAAAAGGAAAGGUUCGAAUUUUGCUUACAAGCAGGCUAGCAAAUGACAAUUCUCCAGUUCUACGAGUACGCUUGUUGAAUGAAGAAGAAAGUAAGAAAUUACUAGCUGAGAAAGUGUUCCGUGAAGAUGGUUUCCCUCCGCACCUUAAUAAAUUGGGAGAGGAGAUUGCGUACAAAUGUGAAGGUCUUCCACUUAUAAUAGUUACUGUUGCAGAGCUCCUAUCUAAAGAAGAAAAGACCACGGAAUACUGGACCGAGGUAGUAAAAAAACAAUAUAAUUCAGUCUUCGUGAAUGCAUAUGAUCAAAUAUCAGAGGUACUUUUCCCAAGCUAUGACUACCUACCUCAAUUUUUAAAAAUGUUUUUUCUCUACGUAGGAGCUUUCCCUCCAUAUAAAAACAUUGAUAUGCACUAUCUCUUCUACCAAUUAAGUGGUGACGGAUUCAUUGCACCGAUGGGAACACAAUCUUUUGAACAAUAUAUGGCCGAAUACUUGGCAAUGCUUAGUAACUGGUUUAAUCUUGUUCUGUAUGAUGAAUUCGGUCAACUCUCUUGGUUUUCAAUGAAGACAUUUCGCGUGCAUUCUUGCUGGCAACACGUGUGUAAAAAAGAAGCUAGUAAGAUCAAGUUUUUGCAUGUUUUACAUAGUUGUGAGGAUGUUUUGGAAGACCAACGCCGAUUGUGUGCUCAUUCCAACAGUCUAUUUGCCUUCAAAGAAGUUAAUGAUUCAAUUAGAAAUGAUUGUGCACACAUUGCCCGUUCCCUCCUUUGUUUGGGUCCUUACCACCAAUAUCCAGUGCCAAUACAUGCCAUGGAUUUCAAGUUGCUCAGGGUGCUAGAUGCUCUUCAUGUUCGAUUUUACCAUAUUCCACUUGAAAUUCUGAAAUUAGUUUGUUUAAAGUAUCUUGCUUUAACUUGCAACCGUGAGCUUCCUGUUUCCAUAUCCAACCUUCUUCAGCUGCAAAACUUGAUUAUCCAUCGACAUAUAUACAUCAUAAGGCGUGGAGCUAUGUUGUAUAUGCCAAUGGAAAUAUGGGACAUGCAAGAAUUGGGACUUAUUCAUGUUGCGGGAAGAGACCUACCAUCCCCUGAUUCUGAUGCUACUUUGGCCAAACUCUCAGGGCUUAUUGGUGUGAGUGUAAAGAGUUGCACUAGAGAAAUUCUCAAAAGAAUUCCUAAUUUGAAGACGUUAGCUAUUCUAAUGGAGUUGAAGCCUUAUGAUGAUGACGAUGAUGUCAACCAAUUGAGUGGCUUGGAUUAUAUCUCAGAAGAACUACGAAAAUUGGAGGCACUCUCUUAUGCCGUAAUGAACCCUGAGAUGAAGUAUGAGUGUCUAGUUCCUCUUUCGAUGUUCCCAUCAAGUCUAACAUCCUUGCAGUUGAGUGGCUUAAGGUGUCCAUGGAAGCACAUGAAUGACAUUGGUUUACUACUACCAAAUCUUGUGACCCUCAAGUUAGAACACUAUGCCUUUCAAGGUCCAUAUUGGGAUAUAGAAUCUCAGUGUUUUUUGAAGCUUGAUACACUUAUUAUCGAAGACACUGAUUUGGUGCGAUGGAGAUCUCAACAUGGAAGCCUCCCAAUGCUUGGCAUUCUAAGCAUCCGGCAUUGCUACAAGUUGCAACAACUCGUUUGGACGUCGGAUUCAUCAAUGGCCACAACGCGAACAAUUGAAUUAGUUGAAUGCAAUCCUUUGAUCGCCACCACCACUUCUGCCAUGCAAUUGAGGCCAGAAUCUCUCUUUAUAGUUCGUUGGUACACUACGUUUGAGAUGAGUUUCCGUAGCUAGACGCUCAACUUGGCCAACAGGCAAAAUGAGAGAGCAAAAGGGGUCAGACGAUGCCCCUAUUUCAUCAUCUCGAUUGUAUUAUCAUGUUGUUUCCUGAAUCUAAGGAUAUUGGGUUGUUGAAUGCUGAUUUAUGUUUGUAACCAAAACUAUUAUCGGUUAGAUUUAUUUGUGUGAAAACAUUGCAUGCAUAUUUCCCCAAUUCAAAGAUUAUAUGCAAUCCGUCCAUAUGCAUUAUUUUCA